CAGCUCUUAUUGUUUGAGGUCAAGCGAUGAUGGAUGAAGGAAUGGCGAGCUCGAAUGGCCCCGACAAUAGAAACGAGAACAACCAAAACUCGUACCAGUCUCCUACACUUCGCCCCGUGACUCUCGGAGACCGUAGGCUGGUGGCCAACCCCAGCGAAUCUGCUGGCCCUCGCCAGACCAUUGAUAACCCUCUUCUCACGUUCGAUGACACUGUCGUACGGUCUGACACCGGCAAGACGGAACUCGAGCAAUACGUCCUAAGCUUCUCUCGCGAAGCCGAUAUCGACGACCGUUACGAAUUACUCUUGUGUGGGGCGCGACUGGCACGAGACAAGCAGGAAGCUCUAGCCAGGUACGAUAGUGAGCUCACUGCUCCAGAAAGGGUCUUGCUCGAGGAGGAAUCCGAUAAGAAGACUGGAUUCUGGAAGCAAUCGAAGUUCUUCCGCGCGACCAUCAUCACUGCCAGUCUGGCAGGUAUGAUCCAGGGUUGGACUCAGAGCGCCAACAAUGGGACUAUUAAUGGAAUGCCACAGGAGUUUGGACUUUGUAUAACGAGCGGUGAUGACUGCAUCGGAAGAACCGCUGAUCUCUGGACAUUCGGUAUGUUGAAUGCAAUACCGCUACUCUCGGCGGCGGUAUUUGGGACUACUCUUGCGGACCCUCUCCAAGAGAAAUACCUGGGGAGACGAGGCAGCGUGAUGGUCUCCUGCUGCAUCACUAUCGCAUCGACCAUAGGUGCUUCUGCUACCCAUUCCGUCGCCCAGCUUGCGGCCUGUAGAGCAAUCAAUGGAAUAGCCCUAGGCGCCAAGGCUUCAAUCGUUCCGAUCUACUCAGCGGAGAUCUCGCCAGAACAUAUUCGGGGCGAAAUCCUAGCGAAUUGGCAGCUCGCAGACGCAUUGGGCAUAUUCUUCGCGUUCAUGGUCAACCUGGUCAUCGUGAGUUAUGUCGAUGAUUCUUUCAAGAGCUGGAGAAUUCUCACAAAUACUGUCCUCAUUCCAACGAUACCGCUACUCACGAUGAUCUAUCUCAUGCCCGAGUCACCGCGCUAUUUGAUGAAGCAUGGGCGAUACCGAAAGGCAUUAGAGUCCUUCACGAUGAUCCAGACAACGCCACUUUUAGCUAGCCGCGAUUUCAUGUACGCACACGCGCAGUUGGAUUUCGAGAGUCGCUUAUUGAGCGGCAAAGCGAAUGAGCGGGGAAACCUCGCGGAACGAAUCGCGGCGAGCAAUGGUGAUAUUCCGGUAACGAUCGCUAGCCGGUUAGGUGGAACCACCAGGGAGCAUGAUGAGAUGUUGCAGAUAUCCAUCUCGCCCGCACAGCCGGUCAUGAGCGGAGCCCCAGGGAACGCCUCAAACGGAACGAAUGUCGCGCGAACUGGAAUCGGACAACAACGGCCCACAACCAGAACGCAUCCAAGCCGCGGGAGAGACAUCGAAUUAUCGAGCAUCAGCCGAUGCGGAAGCGAUACCUCUAGUCUUGAUAUCGAACUGGCAGCUCUGCGAGUAAGGCGGAAAGAGAACCCUUACUUCUACCACAUCGGUGUGACCGGCUACUUCAAACGCCUCCGCGAACUGUGGAGCAACAAGCGAUGCCGACGAGCUCUGUUGAGUGCGUCGAUCGCCAUGAUUACCCAACAGAUGACUGGCGUAAAUACGAUAGCUUUCUUGGGAACAGCGGUGUGGGAAAACUCAUUGGCCUCGCCUGCAUCCCCCAAGGUCACCGCCAUUAUUGGACUGUUCUUCGGCCUUGCAAACUACAUCGGCGGGCUUCCAGCGUAUUGGUUAUCGGAUAGAGUGGGUCGAUCGAUACUUCUGCUUCUGGGUCUUCCGAACAUGGCCUGGUCGAUGCUCCUAUUCGCCCUGUUCUUUCUGAUGCCGGAGAGUUCAGCGGCACGUGUUCCAUUAGUCUCCGUCAUGGCGAUCGUUUUCACACUCUUCUAUGCGCCAACUGCAGGGACAUCUCCCUUCAGCAUCUCCGCCGAGGUGUUCCCAUUGGUUUCGCGCGAAGUAGGGAUGGCCGUGUCUGUUGGAAUAAACCUAGGUGGCGCCGGAAUCCUUGUGCUCGUCUUCCCUAUGCUGAUGCACCGAAUCGGCACCACAGGCGCUCUGUCAAUCUUCGCUUUUUUGAACCUCGUGGCUUUCGUACUUGUUUUCGUCGCUGUUCCAGAGACUCGCCGGCGUACGUUAGAGGAGCUGCAAUUCACGCACGAUUUGAAGACGCGGUGGCAUGUGGAGUAUAGAGUGAGGUACAUCCUCCAGGACCAUCUAAAGAAGAACUGGUGGCGAUAUAUCACCCGGAAGCCAGUGCGGCCGCCAAUUCCAUUCUACCGAUGGGCGAGGAUCACUCAUGGCAAUGGUGGUGACGAAAGUUGAGAUGGAGCUUGGUUGAAAGGUGAUUGUGGAGGUGAGGUUUGGGUUUUGCUCGGCCCAAUUCGUUUCCAGGUUUUUCCGUCCGAAUCACCCGCACUAGGCCCAAUUUUGGCCUGUCAUGGCCCACAUUCGCAGAUAGCAGGCCCAACAACUCUCUGGUAUUUAAUAAUGUAUCCUUUUGCGG